UUUGGCUGAUUACUAUAGUGCCAGAUAAGAAGUGGCGACACUGAUGUUAAUGUGGAUGUUCUAACACUUACGAUCAACCAUUGUGGGGUCUUAAAGGUGUUUUUUUUUUUGUUUGUUUGUUUCGGCAAUGACAGACGGAUUGGAAACUUUACUCUCUCUCUCUCUCUCUAUGAAGGUGGGCAUGCAAUUUCGAAGUCGGUGGAUUGGUAACUUUACUCGCUCUCUCUCUCUCUCUCUCUCUCUCUCUUCUCCAAAUUCUGACUUCUCCUCCUCCUGGUUUCGUUUCACAAUCCAAUUCGAAACUCCCUCUUCCAGUCAGAAAAAGUAUUUCGAAAACCAAACCCAAAAAUGAAAGUCUCGUCUCUUCCAAAUCUCAACCGCGAAACUACCUCCUUUCCCAAUUUCUUCACCUUAUUCCAACACCCUGCAGACCACCACCUCCACGACACCGCCCUUCAAAUAGGUGAGCACAGCUGCGACACCGAAGCCUCCGAAACGUCGCCGUACAAAGCGAUCCUCUCCCCAUCCGUGUCGUUCGACCAAACGAACGAGAUCGGAUUUCCGGCGGGGACGAGUUCCGUCGGGAUGUUCCGUAGUGAAUCUGAACACAAUGACCGCACCCGACCGAACUCGGUUUCUGUCGGGUCAAACCAAUUUGGCGGUUCAGAAUGGCCAAACCUACCCAGUUGUGGUGGGACCUGUGCAACCUCCCCGAUUUCCCAGGAGACCAUUGAGCAACCAUUUAGUCCUCUAUGCCCAACCAAACGAGCCUUUACCCAAAUCCACACUUUUCAAUUUCCAGAAAUCAAAGAAACAACGAUGACAAAAGCCGGCACGAGCAAACGUUCCCGGAGCGAAACACCGGCACCUUUGCCACCUUUUUCUAAGGUUAGGAAAGAAAAGACUGGGGACAAAAUCACAGCUCUCCAAGAACUGGUUUCCCCUUUCGGAAAGACUGAUACAGUUUCAGUGCUCAGUGAAGCAAUUGAUUACAUCAAGUUCCUCCACGAACAAGUUAAUGUUUUAAGUAUCCCAUUCAUGAAAAGGGGAGCUUCCAUGCAACUCCAGCAGAAUCCUGGCAAAUCAAAGGAAGAUGAAGGACCGAAGCAAGAUCUCAGAAGCAAAGGGCUGUGUUUGAUGCCCUUUCCGAACUCCCAACCUACAGAUUUAGAGGUAUCAAUAGAAGCCAUCAACAUUAGGACAUGGGACUGAUUCGCAAACAGAGGAGUUCAGUAAGUGUAUCAACAUACCGUCUUCGUCUUCAUCGAAUCGUCCUGGGACCUCUCACAUCUUUCUCAGAACCAGAAAUCGUAGACCUAAGGCGCCUCUCCAAAAACCUCGACUCAAUUUUCAACUUAGACUCCGGCUUUUUUUCCAUUUGAAUCGUCCUGGGACAUUGGUUGCGUAGACUAAUGCUGAAAUGUGGUUAUGUUUCGAAUUUGUUUUCCUCCCCGGAUGCCACAUUCUUAGUUUAUUGGUUUCACUUUCCAGGCUUAUUUAUUUUUCAGCUUUUUCUAGUUUCUUCUAGGUCCCAGCGACUCCUGUUCUGUUACAAAUUCAAGUUGGUAGAUCUACUUUUUGGAUGAUGCUAUGGUAUUUCCUGUCAUUUUGGAGACACCAUAAUUUUUGACAUAACU